CUGCUCCAAUCUGUUUCCCCUGCAGAGGGCGUCAUUACGCUCUGUCAAUUUACCAGAAGAAGACAAUCUUCCGCCGUUUCUCUUUCAACUUGUAACAAAACGUAAAAUAUAAUACAAAAGCCAGCAACACUGUACGUUUGGUCUUUGAUUUCAAGAGACAUGCAAACUGUGGGAGACGAUCCUCUUAAGCCUCAUCCGCUUUUUGGAGGAGCCCUAUCUGCUGCCAUCCCUCCAAGCUCCACGGACAUCAGCACCUUGAGGGAAAUCCCAGACAACCAGGAGGUGUUUGCCCAUCCACACACCGAUCAGAGCAUCAUCGUGGAGCUUCUCGAGUACCAGUCCCAGGUAGCAGACGAGGAUGCUGCCAGGUAUCACUUUGAAGACAUUGCAGGGAGUAACAAAGCUUUGGAGCCGGGUACUUUUCAAGUCACUAAUAUUAUCCCUCUCCCUAAGUCUGAGCUGUCUCUGUCACAGUGCAGCUCUGGUUGGUUGUUAACGGGGACCCAGUCUGUGUCAAAGUUCAAUGAAGAAGCGAGGAAUACAGUGACCAUUCACCUUGGCCUUUUUCGGCUGCCUCAGUUCUCCACAGAUAUUUUGGUGACAUUCAAUGAUCCGCAGAGUAUAAGCCCGGAUAGUAGCAGUGCCAGUUCAGCCGGGAUGCACAGUGAGCCAUGGACUGUUCAGGACUUUCAGAGGUUGCUUCAGUCUCUCACUCUUCAUGAUCCAGGACUGUUUGGGUAAAACAUCUUCUACGGUAGUAUCUAUCAAAGAUCAUUGUCAGUAUUCUGGUCAAUACAACAUGUUGCAAAAUUGCUAAAUUCUUCCAAAAUUACAGAGUAUGUCAAAACACUUAAAUUAGAAACAUGUGAGCCCAGACAAUGUUCAAAUAAAUAUUUUGAAUUAAA